AGAAAGUGCCCUCUUGCGCACUCACUCACACUCAUGUAACUACAAUGGUUUAGGCGUACUCUCCUGCAAUUGCAUUUAUGUAUAUAUAACAGAGCGUCCCCUCGGUACAGACACAACAGUCAACGAUAACGUGGACUAGAGUACAAACACCAAUCGCAAUGGCCUGCAAAUACAUCGUGUUCACCACCCUGCUGGCUUUCGCCAACGCUGGAUUCCCAGUUGCCCCAGUGGCCCCAGCCUACCCAGCAUACGCCGCCCCCGCUUAUGCUGCCCCCGCAUACGCCGCCCCCGUUGUGGCCAAGGCUGUGCCAGCAGCAGUCACCUCCCAGUCGGCCAACAUCCUGAGGAGCUACGGCAACCUGGGACAGGUGUCCACCUACACCAAGACCAUCGACACCCCCUACUCCAGCGUCAGCAAGUCUGAUGUCCGCGUCAGCAACCCCGGAUACGCCACCUACGCCGCCCCCGCCUACCACGCACCUGCUGCCUACGCCGCCCCCGCAUACACUGCCCCUGUCGCCUACAAGGCCCCAGUAGCCGUCGCCGCCCCCGCUUACGCCGCUCCCGUCGCCUACAAGGCCCCAGUAGCCGUCGCCGCCCCCGCUUACGCCACUCCCGUCGCCUACAAGGCCCCAGUUGUUGCCGCCCCCGCAUACGCCGCCCCCGCCUACCACGCACCCGCUGCCUACGCCGCCCCCGUCGCUAAGGUCGCCACCCCCGCUCUUCUUGGAGUCGCCUACUCUGCCGCCCCCGUCGUCUCCCACAUGACCUACUCCAACGGUCUUGGCAUCAACUACGCUUGGUAAUUGGACAAUGUCUGAUAUCUCCCAGUUCCUCUAUAACCCCUACAAACAAACUUGUUCCUUUAUCUUUCUCUCAAACGAAUCUCCUUUUCUCUCCUUUUCAUCCCUUCCUGUAAACUAAUCUGUAAAUACUUUUCCUAAAAACUAUUUAUUUAUUUAUUUAUGAAGCAUCUCUACAAAUAAAACUGUUCCCGUAAAA